AUGUUCGCGCUGAUGCUUGAUGAAUUCCAGAGUCAGUCUGAUGUUGUGGAAGUGGGGAGUUUUCUGGAGGUGGUUGGGGAUGGAUAUGGACUGAGUAAGACCUCGGUUUGGCGGUGCGUUCGUUCAGUCACAAACAUCCUGCUCUGUCAUGCCACAGAUUAUAUCCGCAUGCCUUCCGCCAGGCACGAAGUGAUGGAGGCGCAUCAAAGCUUCCAUGCCAUUGCCGGUAUACCACAAAUAAUAGGGCUUGUCGACGGGACACUUAUCCCCAUAGCCAACCCAUCAGCGCUAAACCAGGCCUUCAUCUGUCGUAAGGGCUUCGCGGUCAUCAAUGUCCAGGUGGUGGUGGACCACAGGGGGAUGUUUGCAGACGUGGUGGCAAAGUGGCCUGGAGACAGCGGCUACCCCCUCAGAACCUAUCUUCUAAAUCCAGUCACCAACCCCACCACGCGGGCCGAGGAGAAUUACAACAUUGCACACAUCCAUACCCGCAACUUGGUGGAGCGCUCGAUUGGGCACUGGAAGAUGCGCUUCCGGUGCCUGCAUAAAUCAGCUGGAGGGUUGCGUCUGAAGCCAGAAAGAUGUUGUGCAGUUGCAGUAGUUACAGCAAUACUACACAACAUUGCAGUCAGUGGAGGUGCAGCUUUGCCAGAAGAGGAGGAGGAAGAAGAAGAGGAGGAGGAGGAGGAAGGUGUCCAUAACCCACCCCAACUUAGAGAUCCCCUACACGCAGCUGGUGUACAAACGAGGCAGCAAAUCAUUCACAGCGUUUUUGUUUAA